AUGGAAGAACAAUAUCCUGAUUUAUAUUGGGAAGGCAGUGAUGGAAACGAUGAUUAUUAUGGAAUUACUGAUGAAUCUUUAUGCCCGCUAUGCAAGUUAGAUCAUUAUGAGGAUUAUGGUAUAAAAGAUUGA